CACUUUUCUUCGUCAACCAAGCAGCCAUCAGCCGCUCAUAUUCUCACAUAGACGCUGUCUAACACGUAUUGAUGGUUCUACAAAAUUGAGUCUCAUCUCCCAGGAUCUUCAUCUACGGUGUGAUGUCGUAAGAAUAUUGGUUACUCUGCGUCUUGUUUUAACAACACCCUGACAGAUAAGCAUCUUGGAGUCGCUGUGCGGGGCACGCUUAACUGUCGUGUUUUGAUGACGCCAUCACUGGGACUUUCCGCAUACGUCACUCGGGGCUUCCGAGUUAUUAAGCUAGUGCUACCUCUGUGUUCAUGUAGUUAGACGCUGUUAACGUCGUUUCGGUGCUUCGGAGUACACACCAAAAGAGACCAUGAAAACGGCAAAGGCUCUUAACGUCGCCGAAAGGUUUGAAUAUUGAGACGUCGUUGUCAGGAGCGACGGUAAGACUGAGAGGCGGAAUGUCAACAACGCGGCCCCUCCUCGGAAUGAGACGAGUCACCGAGCUAACGUGCCCGGAGCAGCCGACCAGCAGGCUCCUUGCGUCAGCCGUGAGGCAGCAGCUAGAGGCCCCCACCGUGGACGAGUUUACGGUGCUAGAGGAUAAAGAAGAGGAGCUGAAAUGUGCUAAGCCCCGAGUGGAGCAGGUUUUCAAAGUAACGUUCACCAUCAUCGGUCUGUUGGACCAUACUGGUCAGCCGCACGGUAGCAAAACAUCACGGCAGAUAUGGCUGCAGCUCAGAGGAAACAGAGAAGACGUGUCAAAGGCAAAAGAAUAUAUUCGAGGACUCUGCGACCCCGAACUGCAGAAAGAAGAGCAAUACCCAGUGGACAUGCACUGUAUUUUUGCUGGUGCCCGGGGCCUCUUCCUGGACAGGCUCAUACGGGACACAAGUGCAGAAGUUGUGGUGCCUGAACCAGGCCGCCUGCGGUUGUUAGGCCGGGCUGAACCCGUAGUGAUGGCCCAGAGCAGAGUUCAGCAAUUUGUAACACUAUUCCAGGAGAAGCGAAGUCUGCCGAGCGACAGAGAGCCCGCAGUGAAACGAGCGUUCAAGUCCUUUGUGGAGGAAAGGGAUGAUAAGUACACUAUGGAGCUUCUUCUGCUGCCCAGUGCCCUGAAGGAAGAGUUACUGGGACUCGCUCAUAGUCCCACUACCACAAACACAUCCUCCCUGCUCAACCAGACGCUGCAUCCCAGCAUGGCAGAGGUCGAACAAGACCGCUCGCAGAGUAGCACCCCUGUGACGGAGCUCUCCAACCGCAUCCUGGACACCAGCUUUGAGGAGAAAGGGACCGGAGCAGUAUCUGUCACUGGAGGCGGUAAAGCAGGAGGAUUGAUGGGAUUAUGUUCUGAGGCCGUCCUGCUCAACGGCACUCGGCCCUCACACAAGCGGCGUUCAUCUGAGAGCGAGACUCGGGACACAAAGAGACAGUACUCUCUGGAGCGGAGGGACGAGUCGCCGGAGAGAGCGAGAGAGAGGGAGCGACAGAGGGACAGAGAAGGCCGGGGGGGCGGUAGCAGCUGUAGAUCCAAAACCUCCUCUGCUUCAUCAUCCCUCUCCUCUACAGCAAAAGCAAACACAGUAGUCGGUCCGAUCAUGUUGGACUCCAGUGAAGGAGUCUCAGAUGACGGAGAGGCAGUCAGUCCAGAAACCAACCUCCGCUGCUUGGUCAAUUUCUUCAGAACCAUGGGUUACCAGCAGGAAGUGGUGGAGCGUGUUGUCAAGGAGACAGGACAGACAGAAGAUACUUUCCUCGUUCUGGAGAAAAUCGUUGAGGAAACAAAGCGUUGUGAAGAGGGCUCAAAAGUAGGGGAAAAAGAAAGACGAUCGAACUCUGUGCGCUCCCCAGACACUCCCUCCUCGUCGUCCUCCUCCAUCUCUACCGUCUCUCGAUUCAGAGAGAAGGAGCGCGAGCUGAGCAGAGUGUUGGUUGACCCGGGCAGGUCUAAAGAGAACAUUAAGCCCAACCAGCACAGUGGCAGCAGUAACGGUCUGGGCCAUCGUAGGCAGUGCAGUGGCAGUGAGACCAGCACUCAGCAGGCAAUCACUAUCAAGAGGAGCUCUAGUGCUCAAGGAGGAGCAGGAAACUACGAGGUUAUUACCAUUGACGAUGACGAUGAGGUCAUUCCCACGAAUACCAAAACAGCAGAUAGUAGGAUGUCCCGGAUGAUGACAGUGGCACACCUGGACACCCACUCAGGAUCCAGAACAGACUACUUGGCGCGGGGAGGGGGUGGAGUUUCACAGAGGGACUACCUGUCGAGGGGCGGGACUCAGACUUUGGGAGGAUCAGUGAAAGUUGAGAGUGUGACAGCGCUGCGCAGCACGCCUCAGUGGCUGACUGCCACCACCACCUCCUUAGCUUCGACACCCAGUUCAGCCCAGCCCAUCACCCGGCCCUCAGCCUCUCCCUAUCAGACUAUCAGCCACAUGGGGUUUCAUGGGGUCGGGGCCAGAACUCCUCCUGCAAACGACCCCCCGGCACCUCCGGUGACUGGCUUGGCUCGUUUCCAUCAGUCACUGAGGACUCCCUACACUCUGAAGCUGCCAAAUGAGCCGGGACGUAAGGAGCUCAGACAUAUAAUCAUUGAUGGCAGCAACGUAGCUAUGGCUCAUGGCCUUCAUCGGUUCUUCUCCUGUCGAGGAAUAGCGCUGGCUGUGGAGACCUUUUGGAGGCGGGGCCACAGAGAGAUCACGGUAUUUGUCCCUCAGUGGCGUCAGAAGAGAGACCGACUCACAACAGAGCAACAUUUUCUAAACCAGCUAGAAGACCUGAGACUGCUCUCCUUCACUCCCUCCAGAGAGGUGUGUGGCCAGAGGAUAUCCUCUCAUGACGACAGGUUCUUGCUCCACCUAGCAGAAAAAACAGACGGGAUCAUCGUAACCAACGACAACCUUAGGGACUUUGUCGACACUUCGGACACCUGGCGCAAGAUCAUUCAAGAGAGGUUGCUUCAGUUUACUUUUGUAGAGGACCACUUCAUGAUCCCUGAUGACCCUCUGGGGAAAGACGGACCUCAUCUCGACAUUUUCCUGUGUAAAGACAACAGGAGGGCUCCAGUCACUCCUCCCCCUCUGAGACCCCCUGACUUCCGGCCGUCCUCCCAGCAGCACCAGCCGGUUUACGUCCAGGCCCUCCACUCUGCUUCUCGGACCCCCGCCUCCACGCCCCGGCCCCCUGCCUCCCUGAUGCCCCACCCCACAGCGCACUGGCCCCACUCUGGUCCCCCCGAAUGGCACCCGCCCCGCCGUUCCCCUUCCCCCUCGCCCUCGCCCCCUCCCCAGCGGUCACCGGGGGAGACGUCAGAGCUGAAACGAAAGCUGUAUGACAUCUUCCCCGACCAGAAGCAACGGAUCGACCGCAUCCUCAGCGACAACCCGUACAUGAGAGACCUGAACGCCCUGUCUGGGCUGCUGCUGGGAUAAAUAACACACAUAGUACAUACACACACAUGCAAGAAUAUACGUGAACUGUACGUGUAAGCAUAAAAAUAAUUUAUUUUACCAUUUCUUCCAGCCUAGAGGACAUGGAAAGUUUUGUUUUUAAAUAUUAUUUCACAUAAAGACUGAUCAUCAAACUAGCUGCUAUUGGCAAAAAGUAUUUUUUUGAAUGAUGUUUUUUUUUUUCUCUCCCUCCUCCUUUGCUCUCAAAUUGAUUAAGGUGAACAACACUGGUGUCCACAGAGGCAAAAUGUUAACAAAUUGCCAUAUUUUCCAAGCCGCAAAGUCUAUAUUGUUCAGAUGGUAAUAAAUCAUUGCAGGUCCUUGACAACAGUCCAGAGGUUCCUUGAAUGUGGGACCAGCACUGGGAGCAAAUGUUUUGGACCAACAGCAGUGAACUGGUCACAUGUGACAGUGGCUCCAGCUCAGCACAUGAUGGGCUUCUUCUGCAAAACCGUGUUUAUCAUCAGUCUCUAACACCUCUCUGAAUAUACAAGCUCUGAGCUUUUUCUGGGCAAAAUCUGGGACAUUGACAGUUUUUGCAUGUUUUAAUUUUUUCAACAUAUUAGUUAUACACUCGGGCAGUACCAGGUUAUUGAACUCAAUAUCAGUGAGCAGUUCGGAGUCAUUCGACAUCAACAGGGACGGCUGAGUUUUAAAGUACCACAGAUUGUUUCCAUUUCCUUGACAGUGUACUUUCAGGAAGCAUGAUAAGAUCGCUAGCUUUAGCAUCAAAAAGUGACUGUUAAUGUUGGACAGAAAUAGUAGUAGACAUAACUUUAAUUUCAGUUUUGCAGCUAACCACAUUAAAGAAAAACACCUUUAGGCAUGUGUAAGGACAAUAUUUUGAGGCUGUAUAGAUGGGCAGUCAUAACCAUGUGUAGUUUUCUCAUUCUUUAGCUCACUAUAUGUAUAUAAACAGGCUGAAUUAAUCUCACUUAACAGUCCAUUUCCCUAAUUAAAGCAGCACUGCCCAUCUCUAUCCCUUUAAAAUGUUACCUAUAUGGCCUUCACUUCAAAUUAUUGCCUGGCUGAGUCUAGAAGAUGCUUUAAACACUACCAAUUGUUACUAAAAUGUUAAAGCAAUAACAACUAACAUAUAAAAAGUGUUUUUCAAAAGGACCAUGCUUUUUCAGCCAGGAAUCUUGUUUUUUUAAAUUGCCCACAGUGAUUAUGCAUUACAUUAGAAUUUCAUUGUGUCGGCAGAAAUUGGCUGAGGAAGAACUCUGGUGUUGAAACUGAAUUUGCUGCUCUGAUAUUCUGUGCUUGACGAGAAUUUGAAAUUUGGUUGAAUCUGUUUCCCAGCAUCCGUUGUUCCAGUUAGAUACACUGUUAAACAGCGUUUUCAGGAGGAUGCAGUCACUAGUUCUGAGAUGCGUUGUGAGUUAUCUGCCUUGGUCUUUAGGCAAUACAUAUGUCAGUCCAUGUGGCUUUGGAUGGAAACACUACAAGAGUUUGGAUUUAUCCUUUUGUUGAGCCAACUUACAUUUGAAAUCACACACGAUACAUUUGCUCACCAGAAAAAAUCUUGCAAAGAUGAGAGAUUUACUUAAGUUACAUUUGUAAUUAGUGUUUAAUAGAUAUAUUUAAUGCACUGAAGGUAAGUAAUGGUGUAGUGUGUGAAACAAGGUUUCAUUGAUGAAUCUUCAGAAAGCUUAAGUGUUUUUUUACCCUCAUACACCCAGAGAAUGUGGGCCACAGCUUGCAUAUUUGAUGUGCAUCUGAGUUUUGUAAAAUACAAACACUUUAUUUCCUUGUAAUAAAAGAAUAUGCACAAAAACUUUACAAGGGGUCAAAUAAUAUAUGCUUUAUUCGUACUUGCAAUGUUGUAAGGAUUACUGAAGAAUUUUGUUUCCUCUUGUAUUAAAAUUCUUUUGUGUAUAUUGAUUUUUUUUGUAAAUACAAGCAUUUUUGGCUACAGUGCACAUAUGGUUUUAUGUAUGUGAAAAAACAAAAUAAAUGCGGCAGUCCCCAUAAAACUUUU